CCGCCGCUCCGCAUCCCUCCCCGCAUCCCGGCCCCGCCGCAGGGCCGGCGGGGAAGGAGCUGGGAAAAAAAAAGCCGGCGGCAUGAAGCGCGACCCGGCUCCCGGCUUCUCCAUGCUGCUCUUCGGCGUUUCCCUCGCUUGCUACUCGCCCAGCCUCAAGUCGGUGCAGGACCAGGCGUACACGGCGGCCGUGGUCCUGGAGGGCAAAGUGCAGUCCGUGGGCCCCCCCGGCGGCGGCAACGACAGCCGCGGGGCCGGGGGGGGGGUGCUGGUCAAGGUGUUGGACCUGUGGCCGCUCAACAGCGGCGGGCUGCAGCGGGAGCAGCUCAUCAGCGUGGGUUCCAAGGCGCCCUGCUUUAAAGUCAAGCGCAACCACCGCUACAUCUUCUUCCUGGAGCCCACCGAGGAGCCGCUCGUCUUCCGCACCGCCUUCGCCCCGCUCGAUACCAGCGGCAAGAACCUCAAGCGGGACGUGGCGAGGAUCCUCUGCGCCGACUGCGCUGUCCCUCCCAAACUGAAGAAACUGAAAAGCCCAAACGUUCAUGUGGGUGAAAAGAUUUCCCUGAAAUGUGAAGCGACUGCUGGUAACCCUCAGCCCUCCUACAAGUGGUUUAAAGAUGGCAAAGAGCUGAAGAAGAGCAAAGAUAUCCGGAUCAAGUAUGGGAAUGGGAAAAAGAUUUCCAGACUGCAGUUCAACAAGGUGAAGCUGGAAGACGCUGGGGAGUACAGCUGCGAAGCCGAAAACGUCUUAGGGAAAGACACCGCAAAAGGCAGCCUGAAUGUGAAAAGUGGAACAACGAAAGCACCACAAGUCUUACCAGCCUCAGAAACUAAAAUAGUUGUUAUGGAAGAAGAGUUAACCACAACUCUCUCCUCCUGGUCCGGGCAUGCAAGAAAAUGCAACGAAACAGCCAAGUCCUAUUGUGUCAAUGGUGGGGUGUGCUACUACAUUGAGGGGAUUAACCAGCUGUCUUGCAAGUGUCCGAUCGAAUUCACAGGAGACCGGUGUCAGCAUUUCGCAAUGGUCAGCUUCUCCAAGCAUCUUGGAUUUGAAUUAAAGGAAGCAGAAGAGCUCUACCAGAAGAGAGUUUUAACGAUCACGGGAAUCUGUGUUGCCUUGCUUGUGGUGGGCAUCGUCUGUGUGGUAGCUUACUGUAAAACGAAGAAACAAAGAAAACAAAUGCAUAAUCAUCUACGGCAGAACAUGUGCCCUGCCCAUCAGAACAGGAGCCUUGCGAAUGGGCCAAGCCAUCCGCGUUUGGAUCCGGAGGAAAUCCAAAUGGCCGAUUAUAUUUCUAAGAAUGUUUCUGCCACCGAGCACGUGAUCCGAAGGGAAACAGAGACAACCUUUUCAGGAAGUCACUCCUGCUCCCCGUCCCAUCACUGCUCCACAGCCACUCCAACGUCCAGCCAGAGACACGAAAGCCACACCUGGAGCUUAGAGCGGACAGAGAGCCUGACUUCAGAUUCCCAGUCUGGGAUAAUGCUGUCCUCAGUGGGAACCAGUAAAUGUAACAGCCCUGCAUGCGUGGAGGCACGGGCUCGCCGUGGGGCUGCCUUCUGCAUUGAGGACUCGCGGAGGCCCAUGACGCAGUAUCGUGACUCGGUGGAUUCUCUGCGGGACUCACCACACAGUGAGAGGUACGUGUCGGCCCUGACCACACCAGCACGCCUGUCACCUGUGGACUUCCACUACUCGAUGGCUGCACAGGUGCCCACCUUUGAGAUCACAUCCCCCAACUCAGCGCACGCUGUCUCCCUGCCACCGGCAGCCCCCAUCAGCUUCCGUGUGGAGGAGCAGCAGCCCCUCCUGCGGCGCUACCAGCUCCCCUUCCAGGACACGCAGCGGUACGACGGCUACUACCAAAGGAAGACCUACCUAAAUGACAGCAUGGGGAGUCUGCCCUCCAGCCCCUUCCGCAUCACGGAGGAUGACGAGUACGAGACGACGCAGGAGUACGUCACAGCGCUAGAGCAGCCAAAGAAAACAGCCAGCAGCAACAAGAGGUGGAAAAAAUCCAAACUGAAUGGGCACGUCCCUCACAGAGCCAGAGCCGUCCGGGACUCCUUCUCCUUCAGCAGCGCCUCUUACAGCGAGUCUGACGAGGAGCUGGUGGCCGAGAGCACCCCCUUCCUAAGCACUCAGAACAAUGAGGCGGCACACACAGAGUCGCCCGCGCUCCACCGGCCGGGCGAGAGCCGGACUCACUACUCAUGCAGCAGACACAGCGCUCCCGGGGAGAGUGGGCGCAGCAGCCUCGCGCACAUGACGCCCAAAGUGGACCCGGAUCCUCUCUAGGCACCUCCCCUACUCACGCACCUGCAGCCGUAACCCGCAUGGAGGAGGUGGAAGAGGGAGACGAGACAAAACAAAACAAAGAAAUAUUUUUAUUUUAUAUAAAAGAGGAAAAAAAUAUACAAAAUGUUUUAUUUUCAUUUUAGCAAAGUUGUCUUAUAAUAGCUAAUGGCAAUGACUUUUUUAUAGGGAAUCUCUAUUUAUAUGUAAUGUCUUGAUUUACAGCUUCCGAGAAAAAAAAGUAAAAAAAAAAAAAAAAAAAAAGAAGAAAAGAAAACAAACAAUAAAGUUAAAAAAAAAAAAGUGGGCCAAUUUUUGACUACUUAAAAAUAGAAAACAAAACUCUCGUGGUGCCUUUUGCUGUAUGCUAGUGCUGGGAUUCAUGCCGAGGAUUCUGUUUCAGUAGCAUUUUUAAGAUCAUUGAUUUUUGUUUUGGGAGACAACCUGUCACAAGGGCGCUCUUCCCUCGGGACAAAAGAGCCUCACCACUUUGCCCCGUUCCCGGCUAUUAAUGAUCUUAUUCUUUAAGGUAUCGUUUAAACACACAUCAAGGACAUGAGUAGGAGCAUUUCCAUUAUCAUGUCUAGUGGGGAUCUGUCUUGCCCUGUAAAACACUUGUAUUUUUGCCUAAAUCAGUAGAAAAAGAAACCCAACAGCACCGUAUUGAGAGGCAGAAAUAAUGUUUCUUUUGCCACACAGGCAGGAAGAUGAAAGGCCAGGGAGCAGUGGAGCAGCUCGUAUGAUCCAGUGCUCAGCCUUUGGCCAUUAUGCCUGCGCGGCUGCACUUGGCUUGGUGCAGCUUUGCAGUCCAGCGAGGCAGACGCCCAUAUGGCCGUGGUGAAGUGCCCUGCUGUUCCGUGUGGCUGGCUCCAGCUCCCUGUGCCAGCCCAGGCAGGCAGACGGCCGCACGUGGCGGCUCCGUGCGCAAGCUCCUCAGGCUGUGUUGCUCUUCUGCUGCCGUGCUGGCCGCGGCCCUUGCCCGUGCCGUGUGCCGUGGGGCCAUCGGGCUGUGGCAUCCUGCGGGCCGUGCUCGGCCGCGGUUCAGGCGGUGCUGGGAGGGUGGCCCUGCGGCACAGCAUGGCUGCGGCUCGCCUGGAUGCCGUGUCUGGCAGCCGCCAGCCGUGCCACCUGGGCAGCUGGCGGGAACCUGAGCACUUCUGGCCUGUGCAUUGGGAAGGGCCCUGUGUGGGGCAGCCUGGCGAGCGGAUUCUUCUGUACUGCUGUGCCGUAUAUUGUAAAGACAGUUGUUACCGUCAUGUCUUGCCAUCGAUGAUGGACGUCACAUUUCCAAACUUGGAGCAGCUCUGGCCAUUGGCUCUGUGGCACAAGGGACAGUCGUGCAUGUGUGGGCAGCAGAGCAGCCCCGUGGAAGUGCCCCUCUCUCCUCAGUUCUCUGCAGCAAAACCUGUUUACAUUGUAGCCUGACUUUUUUCUUUUUAUAUUUUUACUUCUGCAUGUCCUUCGCAUUUCAGAUACUGUAGAUUGGAUGCAUGGUGAAGCUGUGACUGAGAAGAUAAUACAACAAUUGACAGUGUAUUUCAUUUAACUUUUAGCAAUAAAGUAACUAAACCCUCUAUUCCUCACUCACGAUGGGGUCAGAUAGAAAACUCUGCUAAUUUGUCAUAAGAUGAUUGUCCAAGUUUGCUCUGGAUUGUCUGAAUGUCAGAACUCUCGACUGUUUAAC